AUGCCGCCAGGUCUAUUAACCAGAUCACAAGACGUGCGGAUCCCAAUCUUGCCUGGUACUUGGGCGUCUUCUUUUCUCAGAGGAGAUCCUUAUGUUUCCUUCUACCUUGGCAAGGGCUACGAUCCGUUAUCCUUCAAGGCCCUGAACCGAGGAUCGCCAAUCGUCAAGCCGACGAAGGGAACCGGAGGCGCUGGAGUCAGGGACACCGUCGUCACCGCCAUCCUGGCGUCCGGACCGACAUCAUGGGACGCGGCACAGAGGACCGGCGCCAGGGGAAUCUUCGUUUGUGAGAGCACGAAUUUGAUCGACUGGGGUAAUGAAAGGCUUGCUGUGGUGGAAGAUUCCACAGCCGGCAUGCCGGCCUCGGACACUCGCCACGGCGGCAUCUCCUCCAACAACCGCAUCCGCUACGCCUACACGCGCGACUUCGAGCCCUUCACCGCCUCGCAGACCUUCAACGACAAGUCCUUCAACGACAUGUCCUUCAUCGACAAGUCGCCCAUCGACGUUAUCAGCCUGAACAUCCUCCCUGUCUCCAACGGCAGCGACUCAACCUCGACCACGACCACCUUCCUCCGCUUCAUGACAGACGAGACCCGCAUGAACGUGUUCGUCAAGGUCUCCGAGACCGGGCUGUUCGGCAGGGGAACGCGGCCGGGCGGCGGCGCGGGCCAUCAUUUAGCGCGACAUGGGGCGCACCUGCUGUUGGAUUUCUACGGCGGGGACGGGUAUCACCUGCGUGAGAGCACGAGUUGGGGGAGUAACGGCGGGUCGACGGUCAGCGAUCGGACCGGGCUUCCGAAGAAUUUGAGGCAUGGGAGUGUGUUGCCGGUGGAUGGGAGGGCGUAUGAUGCGUUGAAGGCGAGCCAGGUGGUUUAA